AUGACUAACAUUGCCUUCUUCCGACCCUUCAUUACACAUAAUCCAAUUGAAAUUGUAUGCUGUCCGUCUUACUGCGCAAGUGAGUACACAUUUCAAAGCUGCUCCACUGCAGCAAAUUGCGAUUGCACAACUCCUCCUCCUGCAAUGUUUAAAUCAGGAACAAUCGAAUCUUGGCACAACAGUCGCUCGACGAAUUUUGGUCUGACGAGCGGCGGAGCCUGUGGCUUCGGCCUGUAUAGCCUCUGCGCCCAAGGAAGCGUUACAGCAAGCUGGACCGAUGCUUGGUUAGGUGAUACCUACACUGCUUUCUGCACCUCUUAUCCCAUGCUCUGUAAAGAUCCUUCCAAUACAACACUCCGUGGCAAUUUUGCUGCGCCAAAUGGGGAUUACUACACCCAAGACUGGCCAUCGCUUCCUGGUGGCUUUGAUAACUACCUAUCUGAUAGAACGCAUUAUGCUGUCGGAGAAGCAGGAUACACUGAUCCGAUUGUACUUGAAGUUGUUGAUAGUUGUCCCUGUAAUACCAAUAGCAAUGGUGGUCCAGGUGCUGAUCAUGGCGGCGAAAUCAACUUCAAGUAUGGCUGUCCUUUGCCAGUGGGCAGCAUCCUCCUUGAUCUAUCAGACAUCGCCAUGGGACGUAUCAGCUCUGUCGUUAGCAUCGAAGUUCAAGGUACCGGCACGACAACUUGGACAAGCCUCAUCCAUGACCCAAAUCACACUGAGUCUCGACCUCAAGAGAGAUAUGGGAGCUGGACAAUUCCGCAGGGCACUGGACCGUUUGAACUUCCUGUCGCGGUAAGGAUUACGAGUCCCAGUGGUGAGCAGGUUGUUUCGAUGGAUGCGAUAACCACGUUUAUUGCUCCGGCGAGUACGCCGGCUGGGUUUUACUACAUUGAUCUUGGGGUACAAUUCUCUUCUUAG